AUGACGACCGAAUUCCCCGAAAUCACACUGCACUGGCUCGACCAGUCCCGCGCCCAGCGCAUGGUCUGGCUCCUCGAGGAGCUCAAGGUCCCCUACUCCAUCGAGCUCUACCACCGCGAAAACAUGCUCGCCCCCAAAUCCCUGCGCAAGCCCUUUGUCCUCGCCGAGUCCGGCUACAUCACGCAGUACCUGUGCGACCACUUCGCCCCCGCCGGGAACCCGACCCUCGUGCCCGCCAAGUGGCAAGCCGGCAAGGAGGGCCAGGUCGGCGGCGAGACCGAGGCCUACCGCCGCUUCCAGUACCUGCUGCACUACGGCGAGGGCACCCUCAUGCCCAUCGUCGUCGUCUCCCUCAUCCUCAACCUCCUCGGCUCCGACCGCGUCCCGUUCCUCGUCCGUCCCGUCUCCGGCUUCGUCGCCUCCAAGAUCCAAAACGCCUUUGUUUUUCCCGAGGCCAAGAAGAACUUUGCCCUCCUCGACGGCAUGCUCCAGUCUGCUCCCGGCGGGCCCGACGGCUACCUGUGCGGUGAUACCCUCACCGCGGCCGAUAUCCUCCUUAGCUUUCCCCUUAUUGCUGCCAAGUCCCGAUUUGCGGGAAUCGGUGAGUGGGAGGGUGGCAGCAUCGACAAGGCGUUCCCGCGCGUCUGGGCUUAUUUGGAGAAGUUGGAGAACUCGCCCGGCUACAAGACGUCGGUUGACAAGAUCAAGGAGCUCGACAAUGGCAAGUUUGUCGCUAUCGCGGGUUGA